ACAACUACCCGUCACGUUUCGAAGACAAGCACUACCGAUGCGGAUAUAAUGAUCGUCCAAUGCUGUUUUCAAAGUUUAUAGUAUCAAGAGGUGUUAAAAAUUGUCGUAAUAGAUUGCAAGGGUGGAAACAAUGCUAAAAUCACUCGCCGUCCAAGCAGAAAAUACCGUAGACGUCCUCGCCUACUGUUGGAAGAGUAUAAUCGACGUCAGAAGGAAUUUGUUUGGCUAGAAACUCAUAUUUGGCAUUCUAAACGGUUUCACAUGAUCAGGAGAUGGGGCUAUGCUCUGUCAGAUGAAUCAACUUAUAAAGGUUAUAGGUCAUCAAUUAGAGCUGCCAAAUCAUCCUGCCUGGCUCAGGAUAUAUCUUAUAUGUGCUGUAUAGAGUUAGAAGGAAGUCCAACAGCGAUUCUUGCUGGACUGAAGCGAAUAACCCAACCUAGGGAUCUGUCAUCAAUUACUGUGCCAGGGGUACAGCAAGGGCAUCAAUGGGAGACAGUCACUUUCUUUAAGCCAGACAUGCAGCCUCAUGGAGCUCUUGGUGAUGUAGACAUUAUGUGGUUGCCUACAGUAUCAUGUCAUGCAGAUAACCCCUCAAGAAAUGUAAGGUUAUGGAUUUGGGUUCACCCAUCAGCUCACAAUCAUAUUGUUGAGGCAGUAGCUGAUUUAUAUGGCCUUGUGAAAAUUAACAGUUCCUCAGAUUCCAAGGAUCAGAAAAAUGUGGAAAAGAAGGAUGCUGUUGAUGUUGAUGAGGGGGAUGUGGAUAAUGAAAUUGUUCAUAAGGUGACUGAGGAUGUCAAGGAAAAAGAACUGGGAGCAUCUAUAAAAAGAAAGAUUGAAAGUACCAAUUCUGGUCCAAAGAAAAAGAAAUGUAAGAAUGUAAAUAGAGUUAAACUGGCACUGAAAAACAUACCAUUUGAUAGAACUCCCAAAUAUCUUAAUUCAUCAGGUGUAUCAAUGACACUGUUGAAGGACACCCUCUGUAGAUUUCGGCUCACUGGACCAGAGGCUGUCAGUGUUUUAAAAGCUGCAUUUUUCCCAGCUAAUGUGCAAGUCGAAAACCUGGAGGACAACAGCAUACCCGAUGGUGAAUGUGUAGGCAACAUUAGUUGGUGCAAAGACUAUUAUUGUGAUGAAGACAAAUUGCAGUGUCACAAGGCCCAGGUAGGAGCAUGGAAAGGGCUAACUGGAUCAAGCAUAAAAAAGCGAAUGGUUUUGCCACUUACUGUUCGUGAUCCACGAGCUACCUUACCCAAGAAGAAAACACCCAUUCAACAAACCAAAGGUGCAGACAAUUCAUUUGCUAGUAUACCUUGGCCUGUAGACAGCCCUUUGUAUUCAAGUGAAAUAAGGGACACAAUAUCUUUAUCCAAGGAACCGGACUGUGAAGUCAACAAACGCCGAGCUGAACUGUUAGUCCCAGGGUCUGCUUUACCUGAAAUUCCUGAGGAAUCAAAAUUACCAAUACUUUUACUCACAAGGCCAAGUACUCAUGCAAUUGGAUAUGGUUCUGGUUUGGAUGUUAUAGUGUGCUCAGGUUGGGGCAUGAGUGUGUGGUUACCCAUUGUAUUAAAUGGAGGGGUUGCAGCUGGCCAGCAAGCAGAAGCAAAUCUUCUUAUGGAGUUCUUAACUCCACAAACCCCAAAUUUACUCCCAGAUACUCCCUCGGGCAGUUAUUAUUCAGAUAUAAUUGCACAAGAAAGACGGGUUGAGUAUUUUAAAAGGCCCCCUUCCUGUAGAUACAAUUAUAUCAAAUUGAAUAUUCAGUAUCCUUUUAGCUGCCCAUGGGUGAGGUUAGUGCAAGACUGGAACAAGGGUACACAAAAUAUUUAUGUUUUGAGAAAUCCUGACCUCUUAAGAUAUUUAGCUAAUUGUGUAGGUGAUGCUUUUGAUGUUGUGAGACGUAACAAAGGGAAACAGAAAUGCCCUGAGGAAUUUGCAUCAAAUGACAGCCCAGCAGAAUCUGUAGAUCUUGUCAUGGAUGAAAUUAAUGAGAGUCUUCAGGAGUAUAAUGUGAUAAGUAAAGGUACUGAUAAAAUUAAAGGAAAACAGGAAUUGAGUAAAUAUGAAGAGUUGCAACGGUCAGCACCUGGGUGCUUGGUGAAAGUGAAGAUAAUUCUGGAUGAGAAAGGUUCUGUAGAGCCUUCUGCCAUGAUUUGUUUACCACGAGAAGAGGACAUCGAGAAGAAAAUUAAGAAUGAGGUUGUAGAACCAAUUCAGACUGACAGUCAGCAGGAACAGCGAGCAGAAUUGAAACGUGAACAUAACCGAAUUAAAAGGAAAAUACAUGAUAUGAAAACCAAAACCAAAAUGAAAGUUGACCAGGAAUUUAGUACAGGGGGUUUUGUGCAAAGUCAGCCUACCUUCAAAAAAGUAACUGAGAUGGCUCUUCAACACCUAGAAGAUAGCAAUAAGGACAUCUUCGAAAAGCACAGGUCAUACAACAGCAACAUGGAAAAAUUGUGGUUAAUGAGGAAAGACCAUGAACUCCAGUGUUGUUCUCUUAAGAUAGUUGGUUAUAUAACCCAUGGCACUUUUAGCAUGACAAUUGGUCGAGGAGCUGGGAUUGGUUGGGUUGCCCUUAAGCCUUUGCUUGAUUACCUACACUCACAUAAGAAAUCACAGUCAAGUAAUGAUGAUGCAGACACUGAUAUAAAGGUAAAUUCUGUUCUCAUUAGGAAUCCCUCCAGUCUUAAAUAUUUCUGGGGAAAGUUGUUUAUUAUUAAAUAGUAGAUUAUUGUUAAUGCAUUAUGAAAUAAAAGACAUUUGAAUUAUA